AUGGCGCAGGCUGCCCAUUUGCAGGAGCAGCGCUGGGAGCAGCUGCGGCCGCGCGGCCUGGGCCCCGGAGCGCGGUGGGGCCACAGCGCGGCCGUGGCCGGGCAGCGGAUGCUCCUCUUCGGAGGUUUCAUUCAUGGCGCCGGCCUGAGGCAGCUCCAAACAUCAGCAGAUCCGGGGAGCACUGCGGAGCACGGGGGGGAGGAAGGGGCCGCACAAGUGCCAGGGGCAAACUCUUGGCUCCCUGAGCUGCCGAGGAGGAAAUGGCAUGCCCGGACAACAUCUGGCCGACCUCAGGAGCUUCGACCUGCAGGCGAGGGGCUUUGGGGAAUAGUUGUGAUCUCCAAAGCAGCGGAUGCAUCGCAGCACCGCUUCUACAGAUGCACAGGUAUGUCCUGGACCUGCGGAAUGCGGGAUGGCGCACAGGAGCAGCGCUGGGAGCAGCUGCGGCCGCCCGGCCCGGCGCCCGCAGCGCGGCAAGGCCACAGCGCGGCCGUGGCCGGGCAGCGGAUGAUCCUCUUCGGAGGUUACGGCAGAUGUGGUAAAGGCGCCGGCCUGAGGCAGCUCCAAGCAUCAGCAGAUCCGGGGAGCACUGCGGAGCACGGCGGGGGAGGACAAGGCCCAAUGGCCGACCUCUGGAGCUUCGACCUGCAGGAGCAGCGCUGGGAGCAGCUGCGGCCGCCCGGCCCGGCGCCCGCAGCGCGGUGUGGCCACAGCGCGGCCGUGGCCGGGCAGCGGAUGCUCCUCUUCGGACGUCGUGCUGGUUUUGGAGGACAUGUGGCCGACCUCUUCUGGAGCUUCGACCUGCAGGAGCAGCGCUGGGAGCAGCUGCAGCCGCCCGGCCCGGCGCCCGCAGCGCGGAGUUCCCACAGCGCGGCCGUGGCCGGGCAGCGGAUGCUCCUCUUCGGAGGUGUGAUGGGACAUCAUCUUCUGGCCGACCUCUGGAGUUUCGACCUGCAGGAGCAGCGCUGGGAGCAGCUGCAGCCGCCCGGCCCGGCGCCCGCAGCGCGGGAAAGCCACAGCGCGGCUGUGGCCGGGCAGCGGAUGCUCCUCUUCGGAGGUUGCGGUAGAUUUGGAGGACGACAAAAUCUGGCCGACCUGUGGAGCUUCGACCUGCAGGAGCAGCGCUGGGAGCAGCUGCGGCCGCCCGGCCCGGCGCCCGGAGCGCGGUAUAAUCACAGCGCGGCCAUGGCCGGGCAGCGGAUGCUCCUCUUCGGAGGUUGCAAUACUGGCUCCGGAUGGAAUUGUCUGGCCGACCUGUGGAGCUUCGAUGUGCAGGGGCUGAUCCAGCCCGCGGCUCCUGAGGCUGCACAGCCGGAGCUUCCGGAGGCGGUGCACGAGGACCUGGACCUCCAGGGCAUCCUGCUGCCGGCGCGUGGCUACGAGGGCCCGGCGGCCGCAGCGCCGGCAGCACCUGCUGCUCCGGCAGCGCCAGCAGCUGCCGCCGCAGCGCCGGCAGCACCAGCCCCUGCCGCAGCAGUGCCAGGGCUGCCAGGGGCAGCUCCAGCAGCGCCAGCAGCCGCCGCGGCAGUGCCUGAGGCUCCUCCAAUCCCCUUCCGGGAGGCGCGAAACGCACUCGCGAAUGCGCUCGAACCGAAUGCUCCGCCGGCAGAGUUGCCUUGGGACUUCUUGCAGCACUGCACCAACAACUUCGCUGAGGAGCGGCUGUUGGGGCGUGGGGCCUUCGGCCACUGUUUCCGCGCGGUGGAUGCCGUGAACGGCUGCUGCUUCGCGGUGAAGCAGCUGGUGGCCAACGCAGUCCUUCCACGAUACAAUGCGGAGAGGGCGCGAAAGACAGCACAGACAGAGGUGGACGUGCUCCGGCAAUUCAGGCACCCGCACAUUGUGAAGCUUUUGGGCUUCUCGCUGCCCGAGAAUGCCGAGCACUCGCAGAUCUGCCUGGCCUACGAGCUGCUCUCCGGCGGUUCCCUGGAUGUCGCGCUUCGGGAGAGGCCGAGGGAGCUGACUGCCAAGGUACGGCUGCGGGCGGCAGCUGGGAUAGCCAAGGCACUGAACUACUUGCAUCAAGGCGGAGGGGGCCAGCCAUGCUUCCACCGCGACGUGAAAUCCGGAAACAUUUGCCUCACUGGUGCCCUGAGGGCCAAGCUCAUUGAUUGCGGCCUUGCGAAGUUCGCACCCGAGGACGCGGACGCGCACAGCUCCACAGGGGCAAGAUUCGGCACCGCCGCCUAUAUGUGUCCCAGGUAUGCAAGACAAGGCGGCUACAAUGUGAAGUCUGAGACCUACUCCUUCGGCAUCGUUUUGCUGGAGCUCCUUACCGGCAAGCUCCAGCUGGCUCCCACGGAUCUGGUGGAAACCUACAUAGAGGAGGAAGAUGCGGACCUGCAUGCAGCGAUGGAUCCGCAUGCCAGAUGGCCAGUCGAAGUCUUUCGGGAGGUGGCCGGCGUGGCGGAGGAUGCGCUGCAGAGCACCCUGAAGAAGCGCUGUGCGCUGCAGCCCGUACUGCAGGUCCUGGCAAGGCUGGAGCGAGAGCACGCCGGCGUCGUUUUUGAGGAGGAGCAGCUCGAGCGCUUCCGGCAGCAGCGGGAGGAGCUCGAGCGCGAGCAGGCCGUCCGAGAAGCCCAGCAGCGAGAACAGCAGCGCCGAUGCCAGGUCUGCUUUGAGGACUUUGACAUCGCACGGGGCGUCUGUUGCCCAGCUGACCACUUCCUCUGCGCCGACUGCCUCGCAGGGCACAUGGAAGCGGAGGUGCAUCCCGAGAACUUGGAGCGCUUCCGCCGCCGCCGCGGCGUGCAGUGCCCGUCGCCGAACUGCGCGCACGUCUUCGCCAACGGGCCCUUGGCGCGGCAAGUGCCCGAAGCCACCUUCGCCCUGUACCUCCAGGCUCGGGAGCGUCUGGUCGAGGCCGCAGCCAACGAGGCCGCCGAGCGCGAGAUGGCCCGGCGCCUGGCGGCCAAGCGCGCCGAGGGGCGGCUCGGCCAGGCAAAGCGCCAUGUGCAGGAGGAGAUCCUCACGCUGCGCUGCCCGCGCUGCCGGCAGGCCUUUGUGGACUUCAACGGCUGCUGCGCGCUGACCUGCAGCCGCGCGGGCUGCGGCUGCGGCUUCUGCGGCUUCUGCCUACAGGACUGCGGACAGGAUGCCCACCCUCACGUGCGGCAGUGUGGGCUCAACCCAAGACAGGACUACUUCGUCUCCGAAGAGCAGUUCAGAGAGAUACAACGUCGGCGACGGACCCGCCUGUUACAGGCUUACCUCGCAGAGCUGCAACCUCAGAUUCGAGAUCCCUUGCUCCGAGAACUCGCCCGUGAUCUUGCCGAUCUUGGCAUCCGCCCGUAG